AUGAUUUAGUAAUAAAAAAGCAAUUAACAUUGUAAAUUACAUCCUAAUGAAAGCGUCAUAUUCUGCUGCUUUAAAUAAGAAUGCAAUUAAAAUAGAAUAUUUUGUUUGGAUUGUUUGAAAUAGAAAUAGCAUAUAGAGCAUAUGGAUGCUGUUUAAAAAUUGGAAGAUGCUAACAUUUUCAUUAAUUAAUAGCUAAGCAAAAUUAAAGAAGUUAUUACAGCCACAAAAAAUGAAUUUGACCUAGCAAAGGAGUCAUUCAACACAUUGAUAAUAGGGUUAUAAUAUCAAGUUUUUGGGUUAGAGGCUGUGAUGAACAAUAUGAACUUAAAUGAAAUUUAAGAAACAAUAGCAAACUUAUUCUUAUUUGAAAGAGUAAAAUCAACAAUGUAAUAAUCAAUUGAUCAAACACUUUACAAAUUAAGAAAAACCAUUGAAGAUACAUAUCAAAAUUUUUAGUUAAACUUAUUCAUUUAGAAAGAUGAAGAGAUCUUAGUAAAAAUUGGUAGCUAUUUAUUUGAAUAAUAAUAAUACAGAAAGGCAAUUGAAUACUACGAUGAAUGUUUAAAUAUGAAUGUAGAAAAUGAAUAAGCUUUAUUCGGAAAAGGCGAGUGUUUAAGAGCUAUUCAAUAAUUUAAAUAAGCAUCAGAGUGUUAUUAAAAAGUUUAAUUCAUAAAUAACAACAAUGCUCAAGCAUAUAUCAAACAAGGUUAAAAACAAUUUAAUUUUUAGGAGAAUGUUUAUGAUAUUUGCAUUAAUUUAAUACAGCAAUUAAGGUAUAUAAUAAAGCCAUACUUUUGGAUAAAUCUGAUUUUGCAUCAAUUUAUUAUAAGGGUAAUUUGUUAUUGUUUACUAUAAUUGUGGAAUUUUACAGAAGCUAAAGAGUGUUUCGAAGAAGUAGUCAAAAUUAAUUCCGAUAAUAAUUAUACUCUGCUAGCUAAAAGCAAUUUGUUACUUCUAACCUUACAUCCUGAAGAAGCUAAAUAGAUCCUUGAUUAAAUUUUAGAAAAUUCUCCUCAAAAAUUUGACAUCUUUUUGUUGAAUACAUCAAUAUCAACUUUUACUAUAAGAGAGUUCUGUGAUUUCCACUAAGACACUAAUGAAGUUGAAUAAAUGAUAUAAUAAUUUCCAUAGAAUAUUUUUGCAUUGUACUUAAAAGGCAUUAAAUCCAUUUAUUUUUAAGGAAUAUCUUUAAUAAAGGAUAACAAUAUUGAAGAAGCAUAAAAGAUUUAAGAGAAGCUUAUAGAAAUCGACCCAACAUCAUGGAUGAUUAAACAUUUAAAAGGUGUAUUUGAGCUUAUUUUUAGUGAGGUUUUUAAAAAAUGA